CGACACCGCGUUGCCUGCAUGUUAUCCUGCCGGAAAAUUCCAACAAGGGCUCCCAUCUACCUUGCAUGUCGAUUAAGAUCACUUGCUUCAUAUCGAUUCCUCUCUGCGACCAAUGAUACUUCCACAAGCAAACCAUUCUACAUCACCACACCCAUCUUCUAUCCGAACGCAGUCCUAAUACCACACAUAAGUCACCUCUACUCACUCGUCACCGCUGACAUAUUUGCUCGCUUUACACGUAUCUCUGAGCCGAACCGUCUAGUGCAUUUUUUGGCAAGAACAGACGAACAUGGUUUGAAGAUCCAAAAGGCUGCCAAGGACCGCGGCAUAGAGCCUUCUGUACUCUGUGAUACUCUAAGCGAACAAUUUCGUAGGCUGGGUGCUCGUGCUAACAUCAGUAACACGGUAUUUUUGCGCACGACAGAAGCAAGACAUAGAGAGGCUGUUGAAAACGUUUGGCGCCAUCUCGCCGCCCAAGAUCUCAUCUACAAAGGCACAUAUUCUGGAUGGUACUCCAUUUCUGAUGAAUGUUUCUAUAACGACAGUCAGAUCACUCAUCCGCCCUCCUCUCUAAUCCCCGUCUCUAUUGAAACUGGCUCUGCAGUUGAGUGGUCCAACGAGUCGAACUACAAGUUUCGUCUCUCUAGCUUCCGGGAACGCUUGCUAGACUACUACACUGCCAAUCCGAACUCAAUAUACCCGUCUGCUCACCGCGAAAAGCUGAUACAGACCCUGAAAGAUGAACCUCUCGAUGUCCUAUCAAUUUCACGACCACAGGAGAGAUUGAGCUGGGGAAUUCCCGUUCCGGGUGACAAAAAAAAAAACAGUGUAGGUGCAUGGACCUAG